AACGGUUGUUAUUUCAUUCUGACAAGUAAGUGAACGGUCCAUCGCUCUGUAACAGAGAACAAGUUAGUAAAACUACAGUUCUAUUGUAGUAAUUCUAUUAAUUACUUCGAAGUGUGAAUUGUGUUGUGAAGUGCAUCGGUCGAGAAGGAAUUGUGUUUAAAGAUGGCAAAAGAAGCUGUAGCAAAAGGUGCAGAUGUGCUGUUACAAGCGGCGCGCGACAAGUUCGUAGCGACGUACAACCGCGGCGCGACAGCCGCGGGCGCAGCGCCCGGCCGCGUCAACUUUAUCGGCGACCACGUCGACUACUGCGAGGGAUACGUCUUGCCGCUGGCGUUGCCAUUCCUGACGGUAGUAGUGGGAGGUCCCAACAGCAGCUCAACUUGCAACGUGCUGUCAAUCCUCGCCAGUGGCCAGGAGUUGAAGGCUUCGUUCCCUGCACCUUCCUCGGCGCCCUUGACACCAGGCGAGCCGGCCUGGGCCAACUACGUCAAAGGAGUCGUAGCUAAUUUCCCUGGUGUGGUGACAGGCUUCGACGCCGUGGUGGUGUCGGACGUGCCAAUGGGCGCUGGGCUGUCCAGCAGCGCCUCCAUCGAGGUCGCCACCUUCACCUUCCUGGAGGCUCUCACCGGCACUAAAGUGGACCCCGUGCAGAAGGCGAGACUGUGUCAGAAGGCUGAGCACGAGUUCCCCGGGAUGCCGUGCGGCAUUAUGGACCAGUACAUCGCCACCAUGGCUCGCAGACACCACGCCCUGCUCAUUGACUGCAGAUCAUUAGAAUCCCGUCAGAUCCCAGUAGAUCUUGGCGAUGCUGUGAUCCUGGUGACGAACUCCAACGUCAAGCACCAGCUAACUGGCAGCGAGUAUCCGCAGCGACGUGCGCAGUGCCAGGAGGCUGCCGACAGGCUGGGCUUGACCUCGCUUAGAGGGGCCAAGUUGACUGACUUGGAAGAGCUGAGAAAUCAGAAGUGCGACAAGCUGGUGGUGAUGCGAGCUGAACACGUGAUCAGAGAAAUCCAGAGGACUGAGGAGGUGGCGCUGCUACUACCGCAAAAAGAUCUACAUAAAGUGGGCAAGUUGCUGUACGAGUCCCACGAGUCCUCUAGCCAUCUAAUGGAGAUAUCAUGCCCAGAGCUGGACCAGCUGGUGGACAUCCUGCGAGGCGCACCAGGAGUAUAUGGGGCUAGGAUGACUGGCGGCGGUUUUGGGGGCUGUGUCGUUGCUUUGGUGAAGAAAGACGAGGUAGAAAACUUGAAGAGAAGAAUUCUGGCACAAUACAAGGGGAAUCCAACUUUCUUCGUCUGCCAACCCAGCGAUGGAGCUAGGGUGCUACAAGUAUAAAGUAUAUCAGCUGUUCAGUACAGCUAGUUCGUGGAAGAGCCGUCAACGUCGAACUCUUGACAUCAAAGAAAAAUAUCAAACUAGUUUACUUUUGUACAGGGGUCAACUGUGAGGAGGAUUGUUUGAAUAUAUUUUGUAAGUAUAUUGUUUCCUUUAUUAUUAUUUUUA